CGAGGCAAAGGAUAAUACAUUUGGGGCUGUUACUUGGUAUAAUGGUGGUGUUCUCCUUACAGGCUCUUAGAGAUUUUAGUUAUGAACAGCUGGGAAAUCAUUAAAAGGAAAGCACAGGGCCCUGGACUAAAGGUUUAGCUCUGGUAGAACUAUAUACCUAGCAUGAAAGGACGAGAGGGUCUAAACGGUCUGACCUGAGGAGUCUCCAGGUUAGGGCUUCGGCGUUCCCAGUUGCCUUGGGAACCGAGGGACGUCCAAAACAAAACACAGUUCGAAAGAGGGCGGAGCCGGUGCGUAAGUCCUCCGGUCCGGGCGGCCCCGUGUUCCGCGUCUCAUUGGUUCCAAGUUUCGCCGCCUUCACGUUCCCACUGCGCUGUGUAGUUCCAGCCACGGGCUCAGUCUUCCAUUCCCGAAAAAGGAGACCUACCGUACUUUUUUUUUUUUUUUCUCCUGCAUGUGAAGGGCGAGUUCCACUUGCUGAUCGAAUAAAGUCAGGUUUUGAUAUUUCUCCACUGCUACCUGUUGAGCUCGGAAGUUUUUUAACUCUUGGCAGAGAAAACUGAAUCCAAUCAAGAACCUUUAGACAGUAAUGCCAGCUUAAUCAGUAUUGUUUCUUUGUUGUAGAGAUCCAGAAAUUCCAGUGUCAAUUAAGUGGAAAGAUGGACCCUCAUUCUAUCUGCUUGGGAAACAGUCCUUAUUAAUAGCAACACUGACAGAACCUGAGGUUUGGAGAUGUACUAAUGGCUUUCAGCCUGUGUUGGAAAGCUCCCAGGAGCCAAUGGAGUUUCCUGCAGGCUGUGAACAGUGGGUCUCCCCUGUUUCUCUGGAGGACAAUGGGGAGCUGUUUGGAUCCUAAGAUGAAAGCCUACCUGGAGGAGAACACUGAAGUCACCAGCAGUGGUAGCCUUACCCCCGAAAUCCAGUUACGGCUUUUAACCCCCAGGUGCAAGUUUUGGUGGGAAAGGGCUGACCUGUGGCCCUACAGUGAUCCCUACUGGGCUAUUUACUGGCCAGGAGGCCAGGCUCUGUCUAGGUAUCUUUUGGAUAACCCUGCUGUUGUUAGAGGAAAGUCUGUCUUAGAUCUUGGGAGUGGAUGUGGAGCUACAGCCAUUGCUGCCAAGAUGAGUGGAGCAUCAAAGAUCUUGGCCAACGACAUAGACCCCAUUGCAGGAAUGGCGAUUACACUAAAUUGCAAAUUAAAUGGACUGAAUCCUUUUCCUGUUUUAACUAAAAACAUUUUGAAUACCCAACAAGGUAAGUUUGAUCUCAUUGUUCUUGGAGAUAUGUUUUAUGAUGAAGACCUUGCAGACAGUCUUCAUCUGUGGCUGCAGAACUACUUUUGGACCCAUGGAACCCGAGUACUGAUUGGUGACCCUGGGAGGCCCCAGUUCAGUGGACAUAGCAUUCGGCAUCAACUGUACCAACUAGUAGAAUACACACUUCCAGAGCCAACUCAGCAAGAGAACAAUGGACUGACCACAAGUGCUGUAUGGGAUUUUCAUCCCUGAUUUGUUAAAGUGCUUUCAAGUAUGAAUAUAGUUCUGUUUGUGUUAAGUUCUAAAAAUAUCCUCUGUAGGAGGUAUUAACAGUAUAAAGAAUGCAAUUCAGUGGCUUGUGGUGGAUUGGGCCUUGAAUACUACCACUUGGGAGGCUGAAGUAGGCGCAUCUCUGUGACUUUGAGGACAUCUUGGUCUAUAGUGAGUUCAAGGACAGCCAGAGCUAUAUAGUAAGACCCUGUUUCAAAAAUUGAUAGAUAGAUAGACAAUAAAGUAAAUUUCUUCAUUCCUUUGCUGUGACACCUUGAAUAACUCUGUAUGGUUUACUAAAGUUAGUUAUGGUUAUGUUCCCAUUUCACAUACCAAGGUGUCAGGAUUUUAUAACAAAACACUGUAUCAUAUACAAUUGCAUAUGUAGAAGGUAUAUCUAUAUAUGUAUGUAUGGAUGUAAUAUACAUAAUUUGCUUCAGUAUUAAUAAAAUAUCUCUGGAAAGAUAAA